AUGGAAAAACUACUCUCCGAUCUUAACACGCAACUACAAGUUCUCGAAUUUACAAAAGGGAAAAGUGAAGCGAUCGUUGCUGAAGGGAACCUAGAGGGAAUGGAGCUUCAUCUCAAUACGCUUAGAUCAGCAAUAAAACGAGUUGAAGAGUGUGAAGUGCAAGUAGAGCAGGCAAAAAUCGCAAAUGGCGAAUCAUUCGAGGAGGUUGCAGAAUGGAGUCUAGGGGUGGAAAAUAAACAAACAGCUGCGGACGUGAACAUCGAAUACUUAAAGAAGUGCUUAGCUGAAGGAAAGCAAAGGGAUAACCUCUUAGCAAAGGAGACCGAAGAAGCCAUUUUACAGAAGUCUAGGAAGAAAGAACUGGAGUUCGAGCAAACACAACUUGACAUGAAGCUGGCAUAUGAGAAGAAAAUAGAGGAGGCGAAAAUGAGUCACGCAAAGACCACAGAACCAUCUCCAAGUCAAAUGAAAACCGCAAUUGACGGACUGGCUCCGUUUUUGGAGUCAAUUUGA